AUGAUAGAAGUAUACCUCACGUCGACGAUUAUAGCUGUUCUUGCUGCGAUCAUUUUUCAUGCAGUUUACGAACUAGUAUACAAGCAAAAACGAAUCUAUGAUAUUCUUAAAUCACAAAACGUUCCAGGUGAUCCUUUUAAACCUUUCUUCGGCCACAUCGCACGUUUCAGUCAUAAUGACCAAAUUUUGAAAGUUCGACAAACUCAACAAGAAAAACAUGGAAAAAUUUAUCUAAUGUCGUUUGGUCACCGAGUGAAUUUGGUUUUGACUGAUCCUGCCUACAUUAGUGAUGUGUUAAGAAAACAUGCCAACUGCUACCAAAAACCAGAGCUAUUUCGAACCGUCUUCAGUCCUUUAAUAGGUGGCACAAAGAGUCUAUUUAUUGGUGAGGGUGAAUAUCAUAGAAGAUCAAGAAAGUUGUUAAAUCCAGCUUUUCAACACUCGAAACUGCAGUCUAUGGUGGCUAUCAUGAUUGUGCAGACGGCUGAAACAUUACAUGAUUUUCAAUCGAAUAUCACUUGUCAAAAUACAGAGGUUAUCGAUCUGGAAAGCUUCUUCUACAAAUUGACUCUCUCUAUUAUCAUCUCUUGCGUAUUUGGUCACGAAAUAUUUUCACGCAAAUCAAAUAGAAAAGAACUAUUAUGUAACACAUAUAAAAAUGUUAUCAAAGCUAUUGAAUAUCGUUCGAUAUAUAUGGUGAAUCAAAUACCAGUCAUCAAAAAUUUGCCAUUUUGGAAGAAAGACAUAAUCGAUAGAGGGAGCAAUGAAAUCCAGGAAUUCGUGAAAGAAAUCAUGAUCGAAUACAGAGAGAAGCACUGCGAUGUACAAUCGGGUAUAGAUAGCAGUGACAUAAUUCAUGUUUUAUUAUCGGCUGUUAAUCAGGACGGUGUUGGUUUCACCGACCAAGAACUACAGCAAGAAACAGCGUCUUUUCUGUUUGCGGGGCAUGAAGCAAGCAGUAAUUUAAUGACUUGGUGCUUCUACAUACUUCUGAAGUACCCCGAUGUUUAUCGUGAUUGCCAAGAAGAAGUUGAUCGAUUGCUAGAAGAGGGUAUAGUUCCCGAUUUUGAUAAAUUAAACAAAAUGAACAUUCUCGAUGCGGUUUUGCACGAAACAUUGCGCUUUUAUCCGCCAUUACCAACGAUUCGACGUGAAUGCAUUAUUGAAAACUAUAUUGGUCCGUCAGAUCGUCAAAUACGGGUUCCCAUCGGCACAUCAAUCAGUAUCGAUGUUUAUGGAGUACAUCGUUUAGCUGAAUAUUGGCAUAAUCCACUUGAAUUUGACUACAAAAGAUGGCUAGGCCAUGAAAAGCAAAAUGGUUUGUCAAGUUCCUACACCUAUUUACCAUUUUCGGGUGGUAAACGUAACUGUAUUGGGCAGCCAUUUGCGAUAUUGGAAGCUAAAAUAAUAACGGCUAUGUUACUUCAACGUUUUGAAUUCGAACUUAUUCCAGAACAAUCAAUAAUACCCGAUAUAAAGUUGACUAUGAAGCCGAAAAACGGACUAUUGGCAAGAGUGAAAGUUAGGAAACAGAAUAGGAUGUAG